AUGUUGUCACUCAGCAAGAUCAACAACUUGGUCAACUACGCACUUUACUACGCUAAUGUCAUCAACGCCAUCAUAGCUUUAUUUGGCGUAGAUGCCACAGUCACUUUCAACUAUCGCCUUUCUCCACAGUUUUGGUGUCUUUUGGUCACCAUUGUCUUCCUAGCAUUACGAUUCCAACAAGAAACCGUCAUCAACAUCUCCAAGUACCGCAUACUUGGAUUGGUCUCGCUUUCUUGUUUUGGUACGAUCUCGCCUUCGGUGCCUCAAAUGAUCACAGGCUGUUGUUGGGUUGGACAAAAGCUCGGACUGGUUUCGAGUUCAGCUCCUGAAGCCCGUCCUGAGAUUGAUGAUUUACCCGAGUGCUCAGAGACACAACCUCUCGCUCUCAGCCUCAAUAAAGUCUUAUAUGGCAGUAUGGGCACUACACCUCUUACACCUUGUGAAGUAAUCCUCGAAUGUGAUCCUGAAGAAACUAUCGGAUUCAUUCCUUUUGACGAUGAAGUUGAUAUUGAGAUUGUGAUGAAUCGUUGGAUCAUUCUUCUUGGUGCCCGUUCACCUGAGCGCGUUACUCAAAAAAUACCCAAUGAAGCUCCCCCACUCGGAUCGAGCUCUCUGCGUACUACUUCACCCUGGGUCUAUUCGUCCCAGUGGCCUUACUCACCACUAUCGCUCCAAAUUCUCUUCAGCUGUUCUAUGAACCUUUGCGCUGGCAAGAAAAUCUCUCCAACAAUUAAAAUUUCCCCCGUUUAG